AUGGAGCAGAUGGGAUGGGAGCGUGGGAGCGCAGGCCCGGCGAUACGAUAUCUUGCUUUUAAUUUUUGCACGGGGAAGGAGGAAAACACGCUCGCUCUCCCCGGCCCCACACGCCGGGCGGUGCCCAGCUCCACGCAGCCGCAUUCGUGGAGAAGAUGGGCAAGCGGAGGGUUGAGAGGUCGCUUCCCACGGAGAAGACGGCGGACGCGCUCCGGUUCCCACGCGCUCGCGCCGCCGCCCUCUCGGUCUCCGGCCGCCGUUCAGCCGCCCGCAGAGAGCGGCGAUGGCAGGUUGUCGGCGGACGUGUCCGCCGUCGAGCCUGCCGGGAGGCGAACACGGUCCAAAUCCAACCCGCGCCUACCUCCUCCACCGACGGCGCAGAAGAAGGUUUCCUGGGCGACACCAGUAGCUGAUACAAGCAAAGAAGGCAGUAAGCAAAGAGCAGUUCCGAACGCCAAGAUGAGGACAAGGACGCAACCACCCAGGAGAGGAGAAGGAGCCGCAGGCGAGGCAAGCAAUGCGUCGGUGAUCCCUCCUGGAAAUUUUGAUCUAGAAAGGCAACCUCGCAUGCAACCUACUCAUUCCGAGCAACAGCCAGAUGGUACAAGGGGUCAGCGGUAUCCGAACAAAGGCGAGGUGCAAAAGGAAGCUCAAAGGAGAAGCAAGAGACAAGAACCGAGUGGAAGGGAAAACCUGAGCAGAGCACUUGUUCCUGCACCGGUGAGAAAAAGCACGAGAAGAAAGUCAAGGCCUUUGCAGUGGUGGCUUGGUGAAAGGUUUCUGUAUAACAAUUGGCUACCCGGCGCAAUAGGCAUUAAAUCAUAUUCUCACGGUGAAGAUGGCAAGGUUGCACUGAGAGUGGAAUCCUUCCUGCCCAAAAAAUAUUCAGAUCUUGUAGCGAAAGUCGGGGUGUACUGAGGUUCUUGGAUAUGUUUCUGUCGUGACGCUUAUAUCUAUCCUUUUGUGGCAUUUGCGAUCUUUAUCUUAGCCACGCAACAACUUCUGAGAUUGAUGAUGCCAUCUAUAUUUGAACUUGUAUCCUGUAUUUUCAGAACUUAUCGGGCACAGUUGUGCAUGUGGGA